CGCGGCUGUUGCUGAAUCUCCCGUUGUCGCUGCUGACAUUUUACCUACAUCGCAUUGAUAGAGCAGCCACUGGGCCGUUUGUUUGGCGUUUAUUUUUGGGAUGCUGUUACUACACACACCGGUUAAGAAGGUGGUUUCCUUAGCUUUCGUGAUACAAGCGUUAGCUAACGGCAGGUAGGCACAAAGGCGUUCAGUCAGCUACUAGCCGUGGUUAGCUAACGGUAACUAGCUUGCUAACAACACAGCCGGUGAGGACGAGCUCAUCCUUGCGCAGCCAUACUCGGGUUAAUCUCUGCUGACUCGCUCCGUGGGAUAUGUUAGCUGUUUCGUGAUAACUGUUUAUCUGUGACCUAAGUCGGGUGGUUGUUUUAGCAGUCGCCACUCAUGACUGGGAUACUUCAAGCAGCGUUUCUCCGUAGCUGGAUCGUUGACUGCAUGUUUUUCGGCUACGGCAGAGCUUCGGUCUGAUACAGGGAUGUUGGCGGUAGCAAACACAAGCUAACGUCGCUCCGUCUGUGCGAAGAAGUGAGUGCAAGAAGUGAGGGAACGCUUUAGCCAAUUGGGAGUUCUCGGUUUUGUUUAUGUUAAUUGUAAUUCCGGGGUGGAUGACGCUAGGACGAACCUGACGAUCCUUGAACACUGCCGAACUGAAACUGGGAAUAUCGCUUACAGGUCGAAGGGAUUAUUUUUUGUGUCUCUAAGUGGAUUUCGGCCUCCUUUUCAGGGUCGUCGUGGGAACGCAGUAAGUGUUUUGACAUUGAGUGAGCCCACUCCCACAAAAUCAUUCUCUGUCCCAGCGACCUUCCCCCCCUGCUUCACCCUCCGAUGCGGAGAUUUCAGUAGCACCGGCAACCAAAUCCCCCACGGCGGCCGGACAUGCUGAAGUGUAUCCCCCUGUGGCGCUGCAACCGCCACGUCGAGUCGGUGGACAAGCGGCAUUGCAACUUGCAGACAGUCCCUGAUGAGAUAUUCCGCUACAGUCGCAGCCUGGAGGAGCUUCUCCUCGAUGCCAACCAACUCAAAGAGCUACCAAAGCCUUUCUUCAGACUACUGAACCUGCGGAAGCUUGGCCUGAGCGACAAUGAGAUCCAGAGACUCCCGCCUGAGGUGGCCAACUUCAUGCAGCUGGUGGAACUGGACAUCUCCAGAAACGACAUUCCUGAGAUCCCCGAGAGCAUUAAAUUUUGCAGGGCCUUAGAGAUCGCAGACUUCAGUGGAAACCCCCUCUCCAGAUUGCCGGAUGGUUUCACUCAGCUCCGAGCGCUGGCUCACUUGGCACUCAAUGAUGUGUCAUUGCAGACGUUGCCUAACGACAUUGGAAACUUGGCCAACCUGGUGACGUUGGAACUCAGGGAGAACCUGCUGAAGUCUCUGCCCACAUCGCUUUCUUUCCUGGUGAAACUGGAACAACUGGACCUGGGCAGCAAUGAACUGGAAGUUUUGCCGGACACCCUUGGUGCUCUCCCCAACCUGAGGGAGCUGUGGCUGGACCGUAACCAGUUGUCCUCAUUACCACCAGAGCUGGGGAACCUCCGGAAACUGGUGUGUCUGGAUGUGUCAGAGAAUCGUCUGGAGGAGCUUCCCUCAGAGCUCAACGGCCUCCUGGCUCUCACUGACCUGCUGCUCACACAGAACCUGCUGGAGGUCAUCCCAGACAGCAUAGGUUGUCUGAAACAGCUGUCUAUCCUGAAGGUGGACCAGAACAGACUGACCCACCUGACCGAUUCGAUAGGAGAGUGUGAAAACCUCACAGAACUCGUCUUGACAGAGAACCUUUUACAAUCACUUCCUCGCUCGCUGGGCAAGCUGAAGAAGCUGACCAACCUGAAUGUAGACCGCAACCGUUUGGGCAACGUGCCCAAAGAGCUGGGCGGCUGUGCCAGCCUCAACGUUCUCUCCUUGAGAGACAACCGCCUGGGCAAACUGCCUGCUGAACUUGCAGAUGCCACAGAGUUGCAUGUGCUGGAUGUGGCUGGAAACAGAUUACAGAACUUGCCUUUUGCCCUGACAAACCUCAAUCUGAAGGCCAUGUGGCUCGCAGAGAACCAGUCACAGCCGAUGCUCAAGUUCCAGACAGAGGACGACGAGCGAACAGGAGAGAAAGUGUUGACCUGCUAUUUACUGCCCCAGCAGCCUUCCCCCAGCCUAGAGAACUUGCUACAGAACAGUGUGGAUGACAGCUGGACAGACAGCAACCUGAACCGAGUGUCAGUCAUUCAGUUCCAGGAGGAGACCAAGGCUGAGGAGGAGGAUGAUGAGGCUGCAGCAGAGCGCAGGGGUCUGCAGCGCAGAGCCACGCCGCACCCCAGCGAGCUGAAGGUGAUGAAGAAGGUGAUUGAGGAGAGGAGGAACGAGGCUUACUCAUCCAGACCUGAUGGAGAAGAAGAGUCCACUGACCCACAGGAGAAGCGGCUCAGUGACCUCUCCAAUCAGAGCCAUGAUUCCCAGGUCUCCAACAGCACACUGUCAGCCACCUCCCACGAGGACAGACAAAAUGUGACUGCCACCUCGCAGAGGGAGGACUUUGUGGAUGGCCACUCCCCUCAGGAGGAGGAAGAGCUGGAUGAGAUGGAGGUGGAGUACAUUGAGCCCACUGUGCACUUUGCGGAGGAGCCCAUCAUCCGCGGUGGGGAUGAGGACGACGACGAAGAUGGGGAAGACGGCGAGAGGAGCGAUGAGGAGGAUGAGAGACCGGCUAUACCCGCAGAGAAGCAGCGUUUGAUCAGAAAGGACACGCCACAUUACAAGAAGCACUUCAAGAUCACCAAGCUGCCCAAGCCCGAGGCUGUGGCCGCGCUGCUGCAGGGCUUCAAUCCCGACGGCCUCAACUCUCCGACACAGGCUGCUGAGGAUGAGCAGGAUGAGGAGGAAGAGCAGAGUAUUGGUACUCCUCAGCACCAUCUCAGAAUGGACGAGCUGGAGGACAGCCGGCAACAGGUCAACUCCAGUCAAGUAAAGACCAACCAGAACAUGUAUGGGCAGAGCUGGAAUGUGAGAACCAAUGAGCCUUCUUUGUGUCAUAUGGGGGUGUCAUUUGAUCAAGUCAAUAAUCUGCUGAUUGAACCUGCUCGAAUUGAGGAGGAAGAGCACACCCUGACCAUCGUACGACAAACAGGCGGCCUGGGUAUCAGCAUUGCUGGAGGGAAAGGAUCCACGCCUUACAAGGGAGAUGACGAGGGAAUCUUCAUUUCCAGAGUAUCUGAAGAGGGUCCUGCAGCGAGAGCAGGGGUUAAAGUGGGAGACAAACUCCUAGAGGUGAAUGGAGUGGACCUCCACGAAGCAGAACAUCACACAGCGGUGGAAGCUCUGCGUAGCUCUGGUGCUACAGUCUCCAUGACGGUGCUACGGGAGCGCAUGGUGGAGCCAGAGAACGCCAUCACCACCACGCCACUGAGGCCAGAGGACGACUACUUCCCACGGGAGAGACGCAGCAGUGGCAUCGCCUUUAACAUGGAGACGAGUCCCAGCGGGCCUCGGCAGCGGCUGUCCACUUGCCUGAUCCGCAACGACAAGGGGCUGGGAUUCAGCAUCGCAGGGGGCAAAGGCUCCACACCCUACCGCACAGGAGACACGGGAAUCUACAUUUCUCGCAUUGCAGAGGGUGGAGCGGCACACAGGGACAGCACACUGCGUGUAGGCGACAGGGUGAUCUCUAUCAAUGGUGUAGACAUGACAGAGGCCAGGCAUGACCAGGCAGUAGCGCUCCUUACCGGCACCUCCCCCACCAUCGCCCUCCUGGUGGAGCGAGACCUGAAUGCACCAGGGGGCUCUCCAGGUCAAUCCCGGGCACGUGCCCACUCCCCUCCACCCCCAGAACCCUCAGAUUCUCCGGACCAGGAAGAGGAGGGCCUUUCCCUUCAUGGGAACCACUUGAGCCGGAUGGAAGACGAGUACCCCAUCGAGGAAGUGACCCUGAUGAAGUCGGGUGGCCCUCUUGGCUUGAGCAUUGUGGGAGGCAGUGAUCAUGCCAGUCACCCGUUUGGCGUCAAUGAGCCUGGGGUGUUCAUCUCAAAGGUGAUUCCUCACGGUCUGGCAUGUCAAAGCGGACUACGCGUUGGAGACCGAAUAUUAGAGGUGAACGCCAUUGACCUGCGUCACGCCACUCACCAAGAGGCUGUGCGAGCCCUGCUGGCCAACAAGCAGGAGAUUCGUAUGUUAGUGCGGAGGGACCCUUCGCCACCUGGGAUGCAGGAAAUCGUCAUCCAAAAGCAGCCGGGGGAGAAGCUUGGCAUCAGUAUUCGUGGAGGGGCCAAGGGUCAUGCGGGAAACCCGUUUGAUCCCACAGAUGAGGGAAUCUUCAUCUCGAAGGUGAGUUCAAGCGGAGCAGCAGCGAGAGACGGCCGACUGCAGGUUGGCAUGCGGAUCCUGGAGGUGAACAACCACAGCCUGCUGGGGAUGACUCACACAGAGGCAGUGCGAGUGCUUCGUGCCGUGGGAGACUCUCUGGUCAUGCUGGUGUGUGAUGGCUUUGACCCACAGAAAGUGGCUGCUGUGGAGGCAUCUCCUGGUAUCAUUGCCAACCCAUUUGCAACAGGCAUUGUACGUAAGAACAGUAUGGAAAGCAUCUCCUCUAUAGACCGAGACCUGAGCCCAGAGGAGAUGGAAAUCAUACAGAAGGAGUCUGAGAUGGUGAGAGAGACGUCGCAGUGGGAGCGAGAAGAGAUGGAGAAAGUGGAGCGAAUGCGAUUGGAGCGUGAGGAGGCAACUCGCCUGCUAGAAGAGGAGACUGAGAACAUUGGCACUGGACCUCUAAAACUUGACUACAAAACCUUGGCUGCACUUCCCACCACCAGUCUGCAGAAGGUCAACAGGUUCUCUACCUCUGUCCCCCUGACUGCUCCCAUGGAGGCCCCCCUGCAGGCCCAGUACCAAGCCCCUUUAGAGCCUCUGGGCUUCAGCUUAGGUCAUCCUACAAAACCUCUCAGCCACGUGGACCCUGCGUCCUACCCCAGUCUAAACACAGAGCACGAUUAUCUUCAUGGAUCCCUGUUCUCCCCUAAUGGAGCCUCCACUGGUGACGGUACUGUCCCAACAACUACCACUAACGCAACAACAACAUUAGUACCCGAAGAAGAGGAGUGCCUGGUGGACUCUCAGCCCAUCUGCUUCAAAGAGAACCCUUUCUUGGUGGCCAAUCGAAAAGGAAAAGGCCUCCCCCCUGGAGAGCAGAUCCUGUCAGGGCCUCCUGUGGGCUACGGGAGACAGGGCCAACUGCAGCCAUGGUUGUUCAGCAAGGCGCCUUCCUCUGAUUUCGCCAGGACGGACAGUCCAAUCAGGGAAACACCCUACUCUCCCACCAUUCAACCGCCCAGCGACCACUCUUCGAACAGCUCCCUGUGUACAGGCAGAGAGACCCGCUUCGCAAACAUUCAUUACACCUCCACUCCCACUGCCAAGGACAGCACCUCAUCAUCAACCCGACCUGGUGCCAUCCAGCCAGUCGGCCGUGUGCGGCCAAGCACCUCUCCCGCCACUCCGGACGGCCACAGUCCCAACCCCUUCCAGCAUGGCCCCUCCCCCUUCAACUCCCAGACCUCUCCUCGUGCCCCCUCCCCUACCUCGCCUGACGAGUUCCCCAUGAAUGUCAAGCAGGCAUACAAGGCAUUUGCCGCCGUGCCUCGCUCACUGGCAGUGCUGGAGCCUCCGCAGGACCUCUAUGGCAUAAGGAACAAUUUCCACCCAAAGCAGCCCUCUCCAGAGCCUGAGUUGAACAACGAGGUGUUUGAUGAUGACAUUGAGGGUCAGGAGGGAGCUGGUAAGGGUCUGAUCGGCAUGGUCACCCCCCGGCCCUCCCUCUCAUCUGACCGCCGGGAGUAUAUGAGCCUGGCGGCAGUGCCUCGCCUCUCCAGGCUUUCAGAGGACCUGCAGAGUCCUUCUCCUGGUGGUAAGGACAGCCCAGAGCAGCGCUCUUUCAGGGACAGACAAAAGUAUUUUGAGAUCGACGUGAAGCAGCAGACUCCAGAAAAACCCAAACCGCGAGUCUCUCUUGUUGGAGAGGAUGACCUCAAGAAAAUGAGGGAGGAAGAAGCGAGGAAGUUUGAGCAGCGGGCCCAGGAGUAUCUGCUGGAUGAAGAUGAGGAGGAUGAGGAGGAGGACCUGGCCAAGCAGGUGGCUCAGAUGAAGGUCACCGGUAAGGUGUUGCUGGAUGGAGUGGAGUAUAAGGUGGAGCCAGCAUCCACCCCGUCUCAGCACUGCUCCACACCGCCUUGCUACAACGUCACACCACCGAGCUACUGUGGCAGCUCAGGGCCCUCCUCUGUUGAUGGUAAGGGAGACUCUCAGAGGAAUUCACUGGAGGACAGCUUCAGGCUGGAGCAGAGGCCCAACUCCAUGACUGGUCUAAUCCCAGUGUAUCCCGGGGAGUCGGCGGCCCCCAUCCGCACAGCCAAAGCAGAGCGCAGACAUCAAGAGAGACUGCGUAUGCAGAGCCCCGAGCUGGCUGUGGCCCCGGACAAGGACCUGUCCCCUGCUGAGAAACGAGCUCUGGAGGCAGAGAAGAGAGCCAUGUGGAGAGCAGCACGGCCCUACGGCCUAGAGGAGGAUGUUAGGCAGUAUGAGCAGGACCUGGCUAAGAGGCUCUACCAGGCCCGGGUGAGGGCAUCUCAGGGCACAGCCGCGGCCCCCCAGCCCCCCACCACUACCUCCUCCUCCUCCGCAGCCUCCCAGCUCAGAAUGAAGUCUCUGGAGCAGGACGCACUGAAGGCUCAGAUGGUCAUUGCCAAGUCUCGGGACGGGAAGAAACGCGGGACGCUAGACCAGUUGACAGAGUCGCCCUCGCCUGCCCCCACACCCUCUCCCACACCUAUGGAAGAGCUCAGUCCUCGAGGAGUAACCUCACCGGGCAGACUCUCCCUGUCGUCAAAGAAGUUUGACUACCGACAGUUUGCUGCCAUUCCUUCUUCCAAACCCGUAUACGACAUCCAGUCCCCUGACACAGUCGACGACAUGCAGUUCAUCGACGACGGCUCCAGCAACCCAGGGCCCGCUGCAAACCCAGAGGCCGAGGUUCCCACUCCACUGCCUGCCACCUCAGCCCUGGAGGAGAUGGCUUUGUACAGCAACAAGCGCAAACUGAGGCAGGGUCGCCGAAGCCUGGAAACCGCCGUGCCCACGUAACACCUCACACUGAGAGAAGAACACACACACAUUUACUUAAGCUGUGGAACACACAGGUGCAUCCACAGUAGGUGCAGAGUCACUAAACACUACACACAAUGUCAGUAGAGCGAGAUUAACUCCCAUAUAUAACCACUGCAGAGACUACGAAGCUGAUAGUCGCCACACAUACACACUCACUUAUAUCCUGCGUGCCAGUCUUGCCUUUACAGUCUGCUGGUGAGUUGGCGAGUUGCUCUACAGUCCCUCAAGGGCAAGAAAGAGCUAGUGUGGUUAGCUAGGAUUGCUACUUACAUUCUGUUUUUUAUUUUUGUUCCACACUCUGUUUGCCUGGUAGAAGCUGAUCUAUUUUAACAAGAAGUGACAAAGUUUUUAGUUUUGUUUUUUGUUUUUUUUUCACAAUCCAAUGAUUUUGUUUUUAAAUACUGAAAGAGAAAAGAAAUGGGUCAUAGCUGUACUAACUUCUUGAAUGAUAUUUUUAGGCUUUCAGUGACUAGAUUGUAAAAUGUCAGGGGUUUCUUCAGACUUGGGCAGAGAGGAGUGUAUAUAUUAAUUGAGGAGGAACAUCCUGCUACCUUCACAGUCACAAAUUGUGGAGAGCUUUGAAAAAAAAAAAGAAACAAAAAAAUAAUUACAUAUCGUUUUUGCACUGCCACUGAUCAGCUUUUUAAGAACGUAUAUCUUAACUAAUUUAUUGUUUUUAUCGUUUUACUCAAAUUGAAGGCCUUCUACUUUACACUGUUUUAACCCAUCCUGUCCUUUUGGCUUUAAGAGGACGACUGAGGUGUAUCAUAAUCUACCCAUAAAACAUUUGAAAUGAUAGUUACAAGUUUUGAAGACAAAGCUUUAAACUAAUUAACUGCAUAAUACUUUAUCUUCCUAAACACUUCUGAAUUUACCAGGGGCUUUUUGAAGCAAGCAUAUCUGCAAAUUAGGUUGCUUGGACAAAAACUGUUGCACAUCAGCAACUUAAAGCGGUGAUGGGUCAUAAGAAAAUCUUGCUGACUCUUCUCUCAGCAGACUUCAAAAGCACAUCUGUCCAGAUGUUUAUUCUGUGUUACAUUCCCCCUGUAAAGACUACAGUCCACACUGGAGGCGACAGCAGCAUUGAGCAGGCGGUUUUACAGACACGCAAAAGUUCAGAAUAUUAGAGUUUGGGAACACACUUUUUUUUUUUUUUAGCAUCGUACUAAUUAACGGUACUUACCCUGCCUUGUUUAGGGUAUUGUUUUUUUUUUGAUUUUAUCAAUGUGAAACAUUAAUUUCUAUCCUUGCUUUAUCUGGAAGUAAUCCAGAGUGACGUGAAGGUAGCAGGUGUUUUAUUUUUCUGUCUAUGGUUAAUUUAAAUCUGAUGCCACUGAAAAAUCAUUUAUUAUUGUGUGAAUAAUGUACAAAUACUGAAAGGAAAGCAAACUUUGGGUUUGAAACUGAGCCAGUCUUGACCUAGACCAAGCGAGUGUCUGGACUGUUGUCGUAUGUGGGUUUGGACAGGCUUGGUAUUGGGAUGCUCUCUGCAUGUAUAUUGGCUUGUUAAUGGGAGAGCGGCGAGAGGCAGAACCGAUCAGAAAUCCCUCUCAACAUAUUGAUCUCAUUCAGACUUUCAGCUCACUGCUUGACAUACUGUCAGUUUAGGUAUCUGACGGGUAUUUUUGCAGAAUCUCGGCAUAGUAGCAUUUGUGUUAAUUUAAAGUAGGGUCUUCUAAUUAUAGCUUUCCAUGUUGCGCUCACUGACUGAAAUUCAGUUUGUUUGAUAACAUUUGCAAUGGCUGAUAUCUCUUUUUUUUUUAAACUUACAGUAGGUAAUUUUUUUUUCAGGUGGGUUUCACUACAUUAUUAAUGCAGUGUUUCAAGUUUUUGUGUUUAUUCUUUUGUCUUGAGUUCUGUUUGGGGGCUUUUACUUGCAAAUAGGUUGGAGGGAAAGGGUCAGAAGUCCUAGGGUCAAGGGUUAGAGCUCAUACAAGACUGUAACUAGUGAAUUUGUACAACCAAAGAAGUCUAUUUUGUGGUUCAGGAAUAAUAAAUUUUACUUUUCAUUUAAGAAGCUGA